AUGAUUCGACAAGUACGGCGCGCUCUUGCCUGGGGGCUUGUGCUCCUCGCUUCAUUGGGCUCAUGCGACGACAACACCAUCGUCCGCGAUGUCGCCAUUAUCGGCGGCGGAGCCUCUGGAACAUUCGCCGCAGUGAAGCUCCGCGAUGCAGGCAAAUCAAUCGUUUUGAUUGAAAAAGAAGCCAUCCUGGGUGGUCACACCAAUACAUAUCAGGAUCCGGUCACUAAGCAGACUGUGGACUAUGGUGUCCAGGUAUACCACAACCAGCAAUUUGUCAAGGACUUCCUCGACCGUCUGAACGUAUCUUGGACAAUUGCGGACCCAAACUUCAUUUCAUCUGUUACACCGCAAUUCCUGGAUCCAAAGACGGCCAAGCCUGUCAAUUACACCCCUCCAGAUCCCACGGCUGGUCUACAGGCCUAUGCGCAGCAACUUUCGCAAUACCCGGAUGUGGAACAAGGCUUCUUUCUUCCGGACCCUGUGCCCGAAGACUUUUUACUUCCAUUUGGACAGUUCAUUGAAAAAUACCCCGAUAUUGCGAAUGCCACAUUCAUAAUUUGCAGUUACGGUCAAGGUCUCGGUGAUGAACUCAAGCAGCCGACGCUAUAUGUGUUCAAGAACUUCGGCACGGAUAUUAUUCAGGAUAUGGCGACUGGAUUUCUGGUUACAACAAGCCAGAACAACUAUGAGAUUUAUGACCAUGCGACACAGCUUCUUGGACAUGAUGUCCUUCUGAAUAGUACUGUGGUCAACACAACCCAAAGAGAUAACCAAGGAGUGGAAUUGCUCGUCCAAACACCAACCGGAUACCAAAAAGUGAAAGCAAAAAAGCUUCUUAUUACCAUCCCUCCUAAACUCGACAAUCUGCGCCCCCUCGGCCUGAACAAUCGCGAAUCAGAUAUCUUCGGCAAAUUCAUCAACACGGGCUACUACACCAGCUUAGUGAACAACACCGGCCUACCACCAAAUUACACAGCAUACACCGUUAGCCCAGAUACCCAACAGAAUAUUCCCAAGCUACCCGGCGUCUACGUCGUUACCGGAACGGCAAUCGACGGUGUCUUCGAUAUCAAAUAUGGAAGCCCAUCACCUGUACCCGAUGAAGAUGUCAAACGCGAGAUUCUCGCUUACGUCAAAAAGCUUCAGGCGAACGGAAUUGCUGAAACGUUACCAGACGACCCGCAAUUUGUAGCGUACAAUAGUCAUGCUCCGUUUGAAUUGACCGUCCCUGCAGAUCAGAUUGAGAAUGGGUUCUAUGAUGAUUUGUAUUCUUUGCAGGGUUAUCGCAGUACUUGGUAUACUGGGGCUGCUUUCCAUACGCAGGAUUCAUCCAUGCUUUGGAAUUUCACUAGCAACUAUGUGUUACCUGAUCUGCUGGCAUAG